CCAGUGGAAGCCAUGUUGUGCCACCACCACCUAUAAUUGAUAAUGUAUUAUCAUAUACCAACGUUAUUACUGUAAGCCCACGUAUGACUGUAUGCAGUCCAAUGACUAAUAGCAAUAUAAUAWCAAAUCAAGUGCAACAAUUCUCCAGUCAACUUGCAAGUAGCAGCAGUCAAGCCAACCAACAACAGUAUCAACAACCACGUCAAGAACAACGACAAAUAAUUACUACUAAUCAAACUCAGCAAACAUAUAGUAGCCAAUCUGUAUAUACGAGUAGCCGUCGUCGUUCAAUCAACAUUCAAGAACGCAACAUCUUAAGCAAUUCUAGGCCCAUUAUUACUAAUAUCAUUGAUUUAUCAUCUCCUCCAUCUAGUCCUACUCCUCAAAUUAUACAAAUGACUGCUCUCCACCCUACUGAGAGAUGUAAUUUGAAUAGAAUACCAGAUCAGGCGUGUGUAGAAAACAACAGAUUAUUGCCAUACAAGCACAGAUUCAGAAGGUAAUAUUUGAAGGAAAAACGUUCCACUGCAUUAAUCUCAACCCUUACAUAUAUUCGGAUA